UACACUUUCAAUCUCUCUCUCUCUAGAUUUAAAAUUUCUCCCUCACAACAGAGUCAAUUUUAAAUCUGUGCAACUUCAAAUCAUCUCUCUCUGCGAACCAAUUUCUUUCUCUCAGUGACUUCAAAUCCUCUCUCUUGCAGUAAAUUCAUUUCUCUCUUUGUAACUUAAAAUCAUCUAUCUGUGCCUUCAAAUUCUCUCUCAUCAGUGACUUCAAAUCCACUCUCUUGCAGUAAAUUCAUUUCUCUCUCCUGUCUCCCUCCAAAACAUAGAAAUGGAAGAACCAGCGCCAUCCUCUCCUCCUCCAGAACCAACUUUCAGGGACAUCACAAACCUAAAACUCCAACCCCAACCCCCAACUCAACCUCAACCUCAACCUCAACCUCAGACCCAAACCCUAACCCCAAAACUCCCCUUCUCCACUCCAUUCCUCUUCCGUUCCUCCACACCCUUUCAAACCCCUUCGUCCACAUUACAUCGACGCAAUUCCACCAUUUCCACAACCUCUAAACAGCAUGGCUCUCGCUCCAAAGCCAUUCGCCUACUCAAAGCUUUUGAGAUUGAGCAAUCACAGUCUUCACGAAAAGUUCAGAUCCAAAAGGAGAAAAGCCUCAAAUCCAUGGAAGAUGCUCUGAAACCAUGGCUUAAUUUCUUGUUUGAAAACCCUAGUUCUUGUGGUUGUAAAAUAAUCGAAAUGGCCCCUGACCAGGAGCCACAGAGCUCGGCCCGAGAACAUGGAGGGAAGAGAGAGGGUGUUGCGAUAAGAGGCGCAAUGAGGAGCCCUAAGCGACAGAGGGCGAAGUCAUGGAGGGCAACACCUUCUGAUUCAAAUGAUGGGGGGUUCAUGUCGAUUUUGCAGGUUUCGCUGAAGGAUGUUUGUAGUUUUAUUGAUUUGAAGCAGAGGAUGGGGUUGUAUCUCAACCCUAGUAACUGCAAUGAGGUGCUUUCCAUGAUGAGCCAGGUUGCCAAGAGCAUAGAUGAUGGGCGGUUAAAGAUGAAAGAUGAUUGCCCAAUAGUGACUGAUGUGGCAUUGAGGGAAAAGGCAACCCAAAUCCUUCUGAACUACGAUCCAACUUGGCUUCGUAUUGGGUUACAUAUUGUUUUUGGUGGGGAUUCCAUUCUUCCUGGACAAUCAAUGGUGGAGAAAAGAGAUGAUUAUCCUGAUCAAGAAAAGCUUUUCUUAAAGAUGCUUGUCAUGAGACAGUUCUUCUCACACACUGCUCUUUCAAAAGCUUAUGCCUACAACAAGUCAGUUGAGGGUAAUUACAGGCCUGGUUAUUUUGAAGCCCUAGGAAAUAUUGUUCUGAAGAGAUUCUUGCUGUUUGUUCUUGUUCUCGAUAAAGUCAAAUGUCAGACUGCUCUUCCUGCUAGAUAUGGGAUUGACAGUCUUGAUGGUGGCUCUCCUUUGUUAUUCUGCCACGAUUCACUCAUAAAAUCAAGUAGACAAGUAAUUAUUGAAUUUUUAUCGGAUGCCAUGCGUGGUGAAGGCGAUCUACUUGGACACUUGACAGUUUUAGGGUACAAAGUGUCUUACCAGCAGCUUGCGCUUGCUGAAUAUGAUUUCAUGGUAUCUGACUUGGUUGAAGAUCUUCGAGAUGGUGUGCGGCUUUGUAGAGCGAUCCAUCUCAUGUUGUCUGAUGCUUCCAUUCUCAUGAAAGUAGUAGUUCCUUGCGAUAACCGUAAGAAGAAGAUGCUUAACUGCGGUAUUGCUCUUCAAUAUCUCAAGCAAGCUGGGGUGCCAUUAUGUGAUGAUGAAGGAUAUAGCAUCAUUGUCGAAGAUGUUAUGAAUGGGGAGAAGGAACUAUCAGUUAACUUGGUCUGGAACAUGUUUGUUCAUUUGCAGUUGCCAUUGCUUAUCAAGAAGUCACAAUUGUGUGAAGAAAUAUCUAAAGUGAAGGGGCCCAUUUCGGAACUCUCUGAGACAAACUCCAAAACAAUGUUGGAUUUGCUUCUAAAAUGGAUUCAGGCCAUUUGCGGAAAAUAUUGUGUGAAUGUUGAUGGAUUUUCUUCAUUGAUUGAUGGGAAGCCAUUGCAAUGCUUGGUUGACUACUAUUUUAAGAAAGAGUGCCAUGGCCAUUCUUAUACAAAGGAGGCUAAAGAGGAUGGUGGAAACUUGUUGUUUCCAGAUGAUCCCAGUGGUGAUUCUGUGCUUCAAAACUUUGAUUUAAUUCAAGCAAUAACCCAUGUGUUGGGAAACUUCCCACAAGUUUUUCACUCAACUGAUCUAUUGGAGCAUCAAGCUGAACAUAGUGUGGUUGUUCUUGUUGCAUUCCUCUCAUCCAGAGUUAUUGGAAAUAAUGAUUUGAAUCAGCUAGAAGUGCGGUGGCUUGUGGGAAGGAAAUCUCGUUGCUCAAAUGCUACGUUUACAACAGCUAUUUAUCAAAUGGGUUGUACAAGCGGUGAUGAAAUGUUUUGCCAUGAUUUGAGUCUAGCAGAGCAUUACCCAAAUGUUGUUGCAUCCAGGAAUAUGAAAAUGAUAGACAAUAAAGAUCUUGAAGUGGCCACAAAGGUUAUUCAGGCAUGGUGGAGAGGAAUAACUGAAAGAAAGCAGUACCUUAAGGUGAAAUUAGCUGCCACUUGUUUACAGAGAAGUGUGCGACAUUGGUUAUCUCAGAGGAAAUUCAGUGAAAGUCAGAGGGAAAAUGCUGCACUGGUAAUACAAGCUCAUUACAGAGGUUCAAUUGAACGGAUAAAAUUUCUGAAGAUUAAGGCUAUCAUAGUCUUACUGCAGAAUAUUAUUCGAGCUUGGUUGAAAGUAAUGAGACUGGAUUUAUUUAGUAACUGGAGCCAGUAUGUUCAAGACCUCAUUGCUGGAGAAAGAAAUGCUGCUGUCUUCAAGCAUUAUUUUGCCUUAAUGGCCGAGAGGAGGAAUUUUCUCAGGAUUAAAAGGUCUGUGCUGCUCAUACAACGGGCAGUGAGGAGUUGGAUUACUCGAAAGCAUCAUAGGGAAAGAUUGGUACUCAUGGAAGCAAGAGCUUUUGCUGAGCAGCUUCAUGAUAGUCAAGCAAUCAUCAGGGAAAAAGAACUUUGGAGGCUUCAAUCAGAGGCAGCUGCUAGGAUUCAACAUGCUUGGAGAAGGGCUAGAGCUCGUAGUUCCAUAUGCAUUCAACAUCUUGCUGCAGUCAAGAUCCAGAGAUGCUGGCGUUGCUUUGCAAUAAGGAAGAGCUUUCUAAUUCAAAAGGCUGCUGCAAUCCAGAUACAAAGUUGGUUCAGAUGCUUUAAAUACAGGAAAGCAUUUAACUGCUACAGAUUUGCCGUCACCGAAAUUCAACGGUUUGUUAGGGGGCAUAUUCUUCGGGAUAAGUUUCUAGAAACUGCUGGUGCUGGUUGUAUUUGUAACCCUGAUGGUUUGAAGAGCUGCUCCCACCAAAAUAUUGAAAUGCAAGUUUUAUUAUAUUCCAUUGUGAAGUUGCAGAGGUGGGGGAGGAGAGUUUUGGAACACAAAUUGAUAACUAGAUCUGCAGUUAUCAUUCAGUCUUACAUACGUGGGUGGCUUGCUCGUCGAGAUGCUCGGAGGUCAAAGCAGCGGAUUGUUCUCGUACAAUCUUACUGGAAGGGGUACUUGGCGAGGAAAAGGCGUCCUGAGUCAAGUGAGCAAUUACUUGAUUUGCGGUCUCGGAUGCAAAAGUCAGCAGCAAAUGUGGAUGACGGGAUGCGCCUUAUUAAUCGUCUUAUUGAUGCUCUUGCAGAAUUAUUUAACAGCAAAAAAGUCAGUAGCAUUCUUCAUAUAUGUUCAACUUUAGAUAUUGCAACACAACAUUCACAGAAGUGUUGCGAGGUACUUGUGGAACAAGGGGCCGUUCAAGCAUUAUUGCAGCUCAUUCGUUCAAUUAACCGUAGCCCUCCAAAUCAAGCAGUACGGGAGCGUUCUCUCUCUACUCUGAGAAACCUAGCUCGUUACCAGAAUUUGGCAAAAGUGAUAAUCAGUACAAAUGAGUCGAUGGAGAUAAUUUUCGGAGAGCUGCUCAGGAAUAAUUUACUGGACUGCUUCAAAUCUAUGAUUUUGCAGCUGGUCAGCCUCCUGCCCAAUCUGAGAGAGAGAGAGAGAGAGAGAGAGAGAGAGAGAGAGAGAGAGUGUAGUGUGAGUAUUAAGCAUUUGGCAGUGCAUUGUGAAUGGUUUUUGGUUUCAGCCUGCAAAGGAAGGGUUACCAUGGAAUAUCUCAACCAUGGUUGA